AUGGCGGGCUUCUGGAGAUCCAGACGACAACCUUGGGUCGGUCUCAGAGUCUGCGGAGCGGCCGUUUUAUUCGUCAUCCUCCUCAGCCAAGCCGUCAGACACCGGACGCACAAGCAGCGCCUGAAAAGAGACGUCCUCGCGUCGACAGAAAUCCAAGCGGAGUUCAUCGAUCCAGCGGCCAUAGAUCUCGCUCCCCUGGUCAAUACUCUAAUAAAUUCCACCCAGUCUGCUUCCCGCCAGCUGUUCUCUGUGCUGAGUGUGACGUCCCACAGCUCCCUGGCGCUCCACAAGCUGACCCUCCUGGUUUACAACAUUUCAGGCUUUAGAAGUAUAGAGAGCCACAUGUUUCAGAGGAGGUACUGCUACUGUGUAACUAAUGAGACCAACGACCUAACAGACUUCACCGCCAUACUGCUGGACGUGAUGGGCAACUCAACGAGUUACCUCCAUGAGCUGUUCAAGUCUGCCUCUAUAUUAUCAGUCAGUCAGAGGAAUGAUUCAGAAUGCAUCUACAUCUGUGUGAUGGCGGGUCGAACAGAUAAAGAGCUUCCUCAGCUGUGGGAGGUGGACUCCAUCACGCCCCUCUUUAAUCAGACCAUCAUGGAGGACCCAAAGAGAGUUCAACCUACGCCGGCUCAGUGGAGCUCAGUACAUUUGACCACAACCACAACAACUGUGAGCAGGAAAACCACCAAAUCUCUACAAACAGAAAAGCCAGGCUGCCCUUGGAAAAGGCCUCAGCCAUCCUCUGCCGGAGAGCCGAUUGACAGCUCUAUUACCGAUGGAGGCGCUCCAACCACUGUAGGGCCGACUGUGGGUGCUCACAAGCUGCAGCCAUGCGUCCUGGAGCUCUGCAAGUUCUUCUCCCAGUGCAUCUGUCGUGGGACAGCACAAGCCGUUCAUAAGUCUUCAUAACUACAGAGGUACUGCGAUGACAGCCAUUUGUGGUACGAGACUCACACGUCUGAGGUGUGCAGGAGGGUCCGAAGGCUUUCCUUCUCCAGAAACCUCAAACAGAAAUGCCUUGCAAGGAUGUGCAGUAAACUUAGACCAUGA